AUGGGCUGUGGCUGCAGCUCAAACCCUGAAGAUGACUGGAUGGAAAACAUCGAUGUCUGUGAGAACUGCCAUUACCCCAUAGUCUCACUGGACGGCAAGGCCACGCUGCCCCUCCGGAAUGGCUCUGAGGUGCGGGAUCCACUGGUCACCUACCAGGACACCAACCCCCCGGCUUCUCCACUGCAAGACAACCUGGUCAUCGCCCUGCACAGCUACGAGCCCUCUCAUGAUGGGGACCUGGGAUUCGAAAAGGGUGAACAGCUUCGUGUCCUGGAGCAGAACGGCGAGUGGUGGAAGGCGCAGUCUCUGACCACCGGCCAGGAAGGGUUCAUCCCCUUCAACUUCGUGGCCAAAGCGAACAGCCUGGAGCCCGAACCCUGGUUCUUCAAAAACCUGAGCCGCAAGGAUGCCGAACGGCAGCUCCUGGCGCCCGGGAACACGCACGGCUCCUUCCUGAUCCGGGAGAGCGAGAGCACCGCGGGAUCGUUUUCCCUGUCCGUGCGGGACUUCGACCAGAACCAGGGAGAGGUGGUGAAGCAUUACAAAAUCCGCAACCUGGACAAAGGCGGCUUCUACAUCUCCCCCCGCAUCACCUUCCCCGGCCUGCAGGAGCUGGUCCGCCAUUACACCAAUGCUCCGGAUGGGCUGUGCACGCGGCUGAGCCGCCCCUGCCAGACCCAGAAGCCCCAGAAGCCGUGGUGGGAGGACGAGUGGGAGGUCCCCAGGGAGACGCUGAAACUGGUGGAGCGGCUGGGGGCUGGCCAGUUCGGGGAGGUGUGGAUGGGCUACUAUAACGGGCACACGAAGGUGGCGGUGAAGAGCCUGAAGCAGGGCAGCAUGUCCCCCGACGCCUUCCUGGCCGAGGCCAACCUCAUGAAGCAGCUGCAGCACCAGCGGCUGGUCCGGCUCUAUGCGGUGGUCACCCAGGAGCCCAUCUAUAUCAUCACGGAAUACAUGGAGAACGGGAGCCUGGUGGAUUUUCUCAAGACCCCUGCAGGCAUCAAGCUGACCAUCAACAAACUCUUGGAUAUGGCAGCCCAAAUUGCGGAGGGCAUGGCGUUUAUUGAAGAGCGCAAUUAUAUCCACCGUGACCUGAGGGCCGCCAACAUCCUGGUGUCCGACACCCUGAGCUGCAAGAUCGCAGACUUUGGCCUAGCACGCCUCAUUGAGGACAACGAGUACACAGCCAGGGAGGGGGCCAAGUUUCCCAUUAAGUGGACGGCGCCAGAAGCCAUUAACUACGGGACCUUCACCAUCAAGUCGGACGUGUGGUCUUUCGGGAUCCUGCUGACGGAGAUUGUUACCCAUGGUCGCAUCCCUUACCCAGGGAUGACCAAUCCCGAGGUGAUCCAGAACCUGGAGCGAGGUUACCGCAUGGUGCGACCUGACAACUGUCCAGAGGAGCUGUACCACCUCAUGACGCUGUGCUGGAAGGAGCGCCCAGAGGACCGGCCGACCUUCGACUACCUGCGCAGCGUGCUGGACGACUUCUUCACGGCCACGGAGGGCCAGUACCAGCCCCAGCCCUGA